AUGGCUACAGACGAUCGUCAAAUAUCCGCGGGUCCAAGCGCCAAUUCGAGCAGACUGGAAAAUGAAGAACAUAACGUUCUACCCGCUCUGAGAGGCACAGAAAGUAAUAAUAAUCUUAGGGGAGGGAGUCUGCCAUUUGGCAUCUUUAGCCUGAAUCAAGUUGACACAACAAACACUGCACCUCGAAGCUUUAGUGUCAGUGGCACCCGGGCCCGGGACACGCCCAUCACCUUGGGCCUCUGCAGGGAAAAUAAAUCAGCUUUCGAAGAUUUACCUGUCUUUCUAGGGAAGAUUGGUCAAAAUAAGGAAAAUAGGUGAGCAAAGUUAUGCAAAUGAAAGUCGAUAUCAUCUGUAACGGAAAAGUUGUAAACAAAAUGGUUCAGAGUCGAGUCGACGGGACCAGAAUGAUUGUAUAGGCUUCAACGACGAGGAAACUGCAGAUAACAUUUUAUAGACAUAGCUUCACUCAGAACAACUAUUAUAGGCUAAACUUUAUUGAGUUUAAUUACCUCUUUAGAAAAAACGGAUAAACUAAUUUGACUGAUUUGAUUUAAUGGAUUUGACUCCCCACCUUCAUCUUCUACCGAAGAUGAAGGUGGAGAGGAAAUAAUUCCUAUAUUUCAUGUUGGUUUAACAUUCUAUUCUAACUCUUGAGCAUAAAUUACUCUAUAACCUUUCCUUUCGAGUUCAAUAUUCUCUCCUUCCAUAACUUUUUUCCAUAGUGAGGGAGAAUCUUCACGACGCCCGAACGAUGCGAAUCUCAGUAUUACCGAGUACGCAUGCGAAAAAAUAAAAAAUGAAGACGAUUCGUCGUCGACCAGGGACAGAAAUGUAUGGUAAAUUUUCAAUGCUUGUAGAAAUAAGACGUAUAAUAAUUACUGGACGAGGUUUGAUGGUACAAAGAAAGGAGUGCUAUGUCUCAGUUGAAGGGGAAAUGGCAGAAAUCAAAUGCUUUCGUUCUUAAUUAAAUAAUCUCUUCUGUUAAAAUCUCAAAUGGACACACGGUAACUCGGUUGUCCUCAGCUGUAUACAUAAUUGAGUUCUCUUAUUCUGUACCAGUUCGGUUCAAAUAGCUAUUCUCGAAAAACCUUUCAGAUACUUUUGACGGGAACACUCUUCCAGACAAGGACCCCUGCUGCGUCCAGAGUAGAGCCUGAAAAUUCAUUGUCCUCCAAUUUAACCAGGUUUGUAAAAUCGACAAGUUAGGAAUUAAAAGGUCUUCUCUUUUGUGCCUUUUUUCAUGAAAUUGUUUUGCUCACGAUAUUUUUUGCUGUUUGUGGUGGUAAUUUUAAAAUAUUUGACGCUUUCUCCUAUAAACGGCCAAAGUAGAAAGAGAGAGACUGGUUCUAAGGUGUUCUUAGCUAAGCUAGUGAAGAUUCGACUGUGAAUGUCUUUAUCCUACAUGAUUUGAUGGCUUGUAAGUUGUUAUCGGCCUUUCGGAAACUGUAAUUUUGAAGACAGUGGCAAUUCGUAAAACAGGCAAAAAGCGGAGAGCGCCAAGAAUCAGAAACUCAUCGAUUCCUUGAGACAGCUAGUAACAGAACCAAGUUCAACAAAGAGACUGAGCAAAAAAGAAGAUGAAAGGAAAGACGGAAGCCAGAACGAGAGCAACGAAACACUGGACACAAUACUAAAGCAAACAGCCCAUAGACAAACUGAAAAAGAAGUAGCUGACAACUCAAAAGAGCCGGAGGACAAUGAGGACAACGCUUCUGAAAGCAGGGUAGGAACUAUUGGGCUUUCUUUGAUAACAUAGAUUAUGACCUCUAAUGGUCGUAACUAAAUAGUGAUAGUUUCCCUACCGUGAAAAUAAUGAUCAAUGAAAAAUUAGCAAACGCCAAACGUGUGGUUUCGCUUUCUGACGUCUUCUGUGAUCUUUACGUCUGAUUUCCGAAAAAUCACAAGGAAGAUGUAGAAAAUCUCUUUCGUUUCUAAAUUUCAAGUAAGAUUUUCUCCUCUUCCUCUCCCCCCUUCGUAUUCUUUUUGUAUUCACGCGCGGCAAAGAACCAAUCGCAAUGAGUCUAUAAAAUUUCAAGUUACAAUUUUUCUCUUCCUCUCCCCCCUUUGUAUUCUUUUUGUAUUCACGCGUGGCAAAGAACCAAUCGCAAUGAGUCUAUAAAAUUUCAAGUUACAAUUUUUCUCUUCCUCUCCCCCCUUUGUAUUCUUUUUGUAUUCACGCGUGGCAAAGAACCAAUCGCAAUGAGUCUAUAAAAUUUCAAGUUACAAUUUUUCUCUUCCUCUCCCCCCUCUGUAUUCUUUUUGUGUUCACGCGCGGCAAAGAACCAUCCGCAAUGAGUCUAUAAAAUUUCAAGUUACAAUUUUUCUUUUCCUCUCUCCACUUUGUAUUCUUUUUGUAUUCACGCGUGGCAAAGAACCAAUCGCAAUGAGUCUAUAAAAUUUCAAGUUACAAUUUUUCUCUUCCUCUCCCCCCUCUGUAUUCUUUUUGUGUUCACGCGCGGCAAAGAACCAUCCGCAAUGAGUCUAUAAAAUUUCAAGUUACAAUUUUUCUUUUCCUCUCUCCACUUUGUAUUCUUUUUGUAUUCACGCGCGGCUAAGAACCAAUCGCAAUGCUUGUAUUAAAUUUCAAGUGAAAAUUUUUCUCCUCACCUCCCCGCUUUGUAUUCUUUUUGUAUUCAUGCGCGGCAGUAAUGGGCUCCUGCGCGCGGCUAAGAACCAAUCGCUAUGCGUGUAUUAAAUUUCAACUGGCAAUUUUUCUCCUCCUCUCCCCGCUUUGUAUUCUUUUUGUAAUCACGCGUGGCUAAGAGCCAAUCGCAAUGCGUAUAUAAUUUAGCCUAAUAUAUAAACCACGCUGGUAAAUAAAAGCUCGAUGAACUUCGUUUGGAAGAAAAGAAGUACAAUUUGUUAACUUAGCUGUAUAUGUCGCAAAAUAAUCGUACAGACUUCGUCGUAAAAGUCCACUUUUUAAUCUUGUUGGCUUUUUAUUCUGCUGAAUUGGGACACGGAAGUUUCAAGACAAACUAAAAGGAAAUCACUUUUUAAACUUUUUGCGGGAAAUUAAUUUCUUAGAGAAUAAUUUUUUGUUACCGCUAUUCCCCUCCCUUCCUCGAAAGUUUAUGUUUCCGCUUAAAUCAGUUUGGGAGGACUAAGAAAGGUCUGUACUUGGAGGCAGAUUCACAGUUUUGUGCUGUAAAAACCAGAGCCUUAGUCUCGCUUUUCUUUUCCACUUCCAGGAACGUUUGGAUAUAGUGGAAUCCCUUUUGGAGUUUCCAUUCUUACCUCUUCAAACCGACAGUCGCCGUAAAUCAUCCCCAGGGUCUUUGGAACCAUCUUCUGCCCCCGCCCAUCAAACUGGUGCCUCUCGCCAGAGACAUUUCUCUCUUGGAGGCGUACCACAAUCCCCGUCUACUUCAGGACAGUCCGAAGCCCUUUCAGCUCCGAGAAGUUCCAACGAGGCAACGAGGAGACGAAGCUCGCAAUCGAGGAGGAGCUCCAUAGCCGCAUCGUUGGCAGGGCCUGGUGAGACUAAGAAAGGUGCGAUGGGAUUAGGUACGCUGGCAGCUUCUCUAGUGAAAUGGAAAAUAAAUAGUGCGAGAAAAGUGAUAAGGACGCAAGAGACCAUUGCUAAGGUAAACUUUUACUUCGAGGUUACCAGGAGCUCUCUCAACCUGGUUAAAUAACCUAAAAAGUAAAGUAUUUCUCUGAUCAGAAGUUAACAAAACUAUGCCAAAAGCUUCCUUAUUCCCUUUUAAAAUAUACAACAGAGCCCUUGUAGUCUUUAAAAUAUCAUUCAGCAGUUCACUUGUGGUAUAAGGCCUCCUUGCCAUGAGUUUAAGGUAAAAAUGUAAUGUCCUAAAUGUUUCUUUUUUCAGGCAAGAUAAAGUUUUUGAAUUGUUUUUACUAUUUCAGGAUGCCAAGCACCAAGAAUUUAUGGAUAGAGCAGCUGACCGAAUCAAAACUGAGGUAGGUGCUGGAGAUUACUGAUCAAAUGGAAGCAAUUAAAGGAAAACAUUGUAUCAUUCUCUGUGAUUAAAUGCAUAAGAAAUGAUUGUUGUAUUGUAGCAAAUGCCUGACUGAAAUAUUAUUGUUUUAGCUUCCAAGGUCUUUAUUGAUCAGUAUCCAGGAAGAGGCUUAUCCUAUUGUACUGAGAACAGCUCAAGGUACUGGAAAUUUUACCAGAUAUUACUAAAACAUAUUAUCAAAAAAACAUGCAGAAUUCAAGUUCUAUGCCAGCAUAUUGUGCCCUUUAUCUGUAAAAUGAGAGGUUUGGCAUCUAGUCCCGACCACAUACCCCUAAGGAUGGCUGGAAUUCAAUUCCAGAGUAUAAUCUUGCCCGUCACAUAGCUAAAAGAAAGGAUUUGGAAAUUUUGCAUGAUUUGAGUGUACAUAACACUUACAAGUAACAACCUUUUUCACAUACUUUUACAUUUCAAGUUAUUUUCUUAAUGCAUAGGUUAAUAUUGUAAAAUGAAUUUGUUAUUUUACAAGCUUAUAGAUCUCAGCUGGGAGCAAAACAUAAGCUGACAGUUCAAGCUUCGGAACGACUGGCCGACCUAAUGCGAGACCUUACCAAUCCUUACUAA